AUGGGAGAACAUCAUGACAAACCUGGAGAAAAACCUUUGAGUCGCUCAAAGACUAAAAAGACAUUUUUAAAGAAAAGAAGAGCCAAGAAAUCUACAACCUGCACUCAGUGUGGAAAGAGUUUCACAACCAAACAUAGUCUUGAGAUUCACAUGAGAAUUCUUACAGGAGAGAAACCGUUCACAUGUGAUCAGUGUGGGAUGAGUUUCUCAACCAAACAUAGUCUUGAGGUUCACAUGAGAGUUUAUACUGGAGAGAAGCCCUUCACAUGUGAUCAGUGUGGGAGGAGAUUCACAGAAAGAGGAAAUCUUAAGAGGCAUAUGAAAGUUCACACUGGAGAGAAGCCACACGCAUGUGAUCAAUGUGACAAAACAUUUCUAGGGUCAUCAGACCUGAAGAGACAUCUGAGAGUUCAUACAAAGGAGAAGCCACAUUCAUGUUCUGUGUGUGGAAAGAGUUUUUCACAACUGUGUAGUUUACAAGAACAUGAGAAAACACACACUGGUGUGAGAGAGUACAUGUGCUUUGAGUGUCAGAAGACUUUUAUUUCAGCAAACCAUUUAAAAGUGCACCAGAGAAUUCACACUGGAGAAAAACCUUACAAGUGUUCACACUGUGACAAGAGAUUCAGUGUGUCAUCACAUCUGAAAACACAUGAGAGGAUUCACACUGGAGAGAAACCUUACAAGUGUUCACAGUGUGACAAGAGAUUCAAUCAAUCAUCACAUCUGAAAACACAUGAGAAGAUCCACAGCAGAGAGAAGCUGCACACGUGUGAUCAGUGUGGAAAGAGCUUCACUAUUAAAAGUCACCUGAAGAUACACAUGAAG